AUGGAGUUUAUUAAAGAGGAGAGUGAAGAUGUGAAGAUUGAAGAGUCAUUCACAGUCAAACAGGAAGAUCUGCAGGAACAAACAGACCUAAUUGAAGAGAAUAAUGGGAGUAAAGAGGAGGAACAUCAUGUCAAAAUUGAAGAAAAAACUAAUUUACAGACUGAUGACAUUUUGAAAAGGAGAGACAAGAAUCGUUUCACCUGCACUCAGUGUGGGAAGAGUUUUGGAAGAAAAUGGGAUCUUAAGAUUCACAUGAGGAUCCACACUGGAGAGAAACCAUUCACAUGCACUCAGUGUGGGAAGAGUUUCAGCCGAUCAUCACACCUUAAUGAACACAUGAAGAUUCAUUCCGGAGAGAAACCAUUCACAUGCACUCUAUGUGGGAAGAGUUUUGGAAGAAAUUUAGAUCUUAAGACUCACAUGACAAUCCACACUAGAGAGAACACAUUCACAUGCACUCAGUGUGGGAAGAGUUUUGGAAGAAAAUGGGAUCUUAAGAUUCACAUGAGGAUCCACACUGGAGAGAAACCAUUCACAUGCACUCUGUGUAGGAAGAGUUUCAGCCGAUCAUCACACCUUAAUAAACACAAGAAGGUCCACUCUAGAGAGAAACCCUUUACUUGCACCCAGUGUGGAAAGACUAUUAACUGCUCAUCACACCCUAAUAAACACAUGAGGAUCCACACUGGAGAGAAACCAUUCACCUGCACUCAGUGUGGGAAGAGUUUUGGAAGAAAAUGGGAUCUUAAGAUUCACAUGAGGAUCCACACUGGAGAGAAACCAUUCACAUGCACUCUGUGUAGGAAGAGUUUCAGCCGAUCAUCACACCUUAAUGAACACAUGAAGAUGCACACUGGAGAGAAACCAUUCACAUGCACUCAAUGUGAGAAGAGUUUCAGCCGAUCAUCACACCGUAAUCGACACAUGAUGAUCCACACUGGAGAGAAACUAUUCACUUGCACUUAAGCCGCGGUCACACUGGACUUUUCUCCCCAUGGAUUUCCUUUCAUAAGCACGGGAAUGCUUCAGACCACAAACCAAGUUUGUGUGAUAAGUUUCGCAGUUCACUGCGUUGCAAAGUUCAAGCUUGGUGAACUCUGACCUGCGAAAUCUCAUCACUUGACUGUGAGACCAAUUAAAGAUAAAAACAUGACCUUUCUGGACAGAAAUGUAAA